GGACGGGACCCAUUUUGUCAUUGCAAAUUUUAAAUUACCAUCAAAUCCCUUCACAAAACUCCAGUCUCCAAUUUCUCAAUCCCGCACAGCACCCAACCCUAAAAAGGGAAAUCUUGCCUCCUUACUCGCUCAGAUAUCAGACACUCGAGCUCCUUUCGGCUAAUAAUCCAUUGCAAAUCAUGGAUGGAGAUAGCUCAAAAGAAAGCACUGCUGAUAUGACUCAGUUUGUGCAAAGUCUUCUUCAACAAAUGCAAAGUAGGUUUCAGACAAUGUCAGACUCUAUCGUUCAAAAAAAUAUCCUUUUUUCAUUGACUUUUUGUGCAUAUAUUCCACCUGUUUUGUUUUACUUGAUACCACAUUGUGUUUUGCUUGAAAGUUUUGUCCUUGACAAUGUUGCACUUGACGAGAUGGGCGAGCGGAUUAAUGAAUUGGAGCAGAGCAUAAACGAGCUGAGGGGAGAAAUGGGCCAGGACGGAUCCCCAUCACCAUCACCUGCUUUGAAGACCAAAGAAGAGCCCAAUGCGACCAAUGAGUCGGAGUAGAUUUGUGCUAUCUUGAUACGGUUCGUCAUGUAUUUGUUGUGUUCUGUAUGAUUUGAUUCGUAUUAUUAUUAUGAUUAUGAACUGUUUUUUAAGCUUUUGGAGUAUCGAUCUCUCUAGCAUUUUCUUUGAAACCUGUUUUCUGAGAGGAAAAGAACCCGGAACUACCGACUACCUUUUCAUUUUUCUUGGUUUUGCUUGUAUUAUUUCUGACAUUAACUUAUUAGGUAACUAGUUCUUGUGUUCAAACCCUCCAAUCUUGGUUGCAGUAUUUACCAUUUGCAUGGGUAUUAUUUGUAGGUCAUGCUAGAAUGACACCGAUUUUGACACCAUAGAUGACAAUGCUAUAAUUUCGAAGUGGUCAAAUGCCGGUUACCAUCCGACGUGGGUGCUGAUAUGGAUGCUGAAUCACUUCCCCUACCUCACUCUCUUUCCUCCUCACCUAUUUCGUAGCAUAUAAACCGGCUCUGCACUCCCAAAUCGCCACCCCUUUACCCGAUAAUUGCCAGAACCCUAAUUUAGGAAAAUGUCUAGCGUCUCAAGCAACAACAGCCAUGGCAUGCAAUUCGCGAGGUGUAGAUGCGGAGAAAAGGCCGUUCUGAAGACAGCUUGGACUGAAUCAAAUCCUGGAAGGAGAUUUCUGGGCUGUUCAAAUUAUGGGAGGCAUAAUUUUUGUAAGUAUAUGGAGUGGAUAGAUCCAGAAGUUCAUCCACGUUAUCGUGAGGUCAUCAAUGGUUUGCUCCGGAAGAUUGACAAUUUAGAUACGAAGGAGGCUGACAAGAAGACU